UCAGGCCACGACGAGAGCACUUCUCUUUUCGAUGACACCAUUCCCAAACAUGCCUCUUCAGAGAAGGUCGUUUCUAUGUUCUUUGGAGGUAUCGGCGAUGCAAGGAAUCUACUCAGGACGAUCAUCGAUGUUGCCGAGUAUGACCGCCGACCCCAUUCUCAGAAGAAGUCUUACCAUUUUACCAUUGUUGAUAUCAACACAUGUGCUAUUACCAGAGACAUGAUCCUUUUUAUGAUGCUUGACGAAUUUUCCGGACAGGAGCCCAAGUCCGAUGAGGCUUUGGAGACGCUGAGUACUAUAUUCUACAUCUACAUAGCAACCUUGAUGCCUCAUUGUGCCUUUCUAUACUUUGAUAGGAUGAUUGACAAAGCGAUCCAAGCACUGGAGUCGGGAUCACAGCCUCUGAAGUGGUUGUACCUCCACGAGCAGGACAUUCCUAAGUAUCUUCGGAUCUUAAAGCAGUGGAAAGGUGAAGCAUUGCAGGUCUUUACUGUUACUCAAGUUAUCAACAAAGUGACUAAACAACUGGGCCAGUUCAAGGACAUGUUACAAGGGAUGGCACCUCCACUACCUACAGGUUGCGAGCAAGACAAGUCCCUCUAUUUCUCAACAGCGAUGUUGACACCACCUGAGAAGAUCAUGCAACUUCAUGAUCAAGAAAUGUCAAAGUUGCUCAAGAAAUACCAAAGCAAUCCCCGAGAAACCGUUUCCGAGCUCAAGAAGCAUGCCAAGCAACAUUGGAAGUUUAAUACAACUCUUGUGGAUGUUGGGUUUUAUUAUUCACUCGUGGACAAGAACGAGUAUGAUAUUGGUCACGACCCUUUUCAGGCGAGGGAGUCCUUUGAAGACAAGACGCUACCAAGCCAGCCCCUAAAGCCUAGCCGUCUCUAUGACUACUUGUCGCCGUUCUUCCAGGACGUUGCAAAUGCUAUCAAGCAUCUUCGAGGCCGCAUCCAGGUUGAAGCUAUGUUAGGCGAUUUUGUUGACACUGCUGAGAGCAUACGCUUUGGUCUAUAUCACGACAAAGAUGACACUUCUCCUUCAAGCUCAAUAAUCACGACCAAUAGUCGUCCCAGAGACUUUCCAAUCCUUUAUGAUCGCAUUCAUCUGAGCAAUGUUCCGGAUUACAUGGGCGGACACUUAUCAACUUUCCUCUAUGCAGCACCAUUGCUUAAACCCUUCGAGUCCAGUACCGUCGAAUCGAACUGUCUCCGAAACACGGGAGCUUGGGAUAGUGUCGAGUCAUUCCUUGCCCAUUAUCAACUCAUCGCCGAUCAGACUAUGCUCAGGCAAUUAACCCAGAUCAAGGUCAUCUUCGCGGGAGACCCAUUCUGGCCUAUGGGCAACUACACGAAAUAUCGUCUAGCCGGAACGUCGUUGCACCAACCUUUUGGUGAGCUUCUACCUCGAAUCGCGUUCAAUAAGUGGUUCUACGGCUUGUUUUUCAGUCUCGCUUCGCCGUUCAAUCUAGAUCUUGAUGACUGGAAAUGUAUUGUCUACUCUCCUCUAACCCUGACUAUCAUCUUUCGUUUGAUAGCACAUCUGCGCUUAUUGGGUUAUCCUUCGCAUUGGCUCUCCGAAUGUCUGAUAGCUAUCAUUGAGGACAAGGUGACAAGCACCUGUCGUCCACCUCGAUCAUCGCCAUCCUCGAUUGCAGAAGUCAAGAAGGAGCACUCGUUGAAGAAGCUUUGUACCGCGCCUUUCAAAGUGGAGAUGGGAACUCUUGCUCGAAUCUUCGAGCCUCUUCUUCCGUUUGCACUCACUUCCGAGGCCAUUCCCGCUGAUGAUGACGUCUAUCAUUAUACAUUUCAUCUUCCUAGUCACGAAAAGAAUCGCGAGAACGCAGCAGCUUCAGCAUACCUCGCCCUCGGAUUCUGGGAUAUCAGAUUUGUACCCCGUCUCGGCAUAAUUGCACUCCAACAUGAUCUUCGAGCUCUCCUUGACCCAAGCUGGGGUGAUGAAGUGGACAGAGACUUCCAGGGUCCCGCAUAUGAGAAGUUCAGAGAGAAAGGGCUUUUCCUCUGGAGCACAAUCACUUGGGAUGGUGAGAAGAAGGAGGCGAGCGCUUGGAUGUCGAAGUCCUUUGUCGAUUCGUUGGUUGAGAAUAAGUUUCAUUGUGGACUGUAUCGAACAGACAAUUGGACAUCAAUUGUUCCAGUAACGACUGCAGAGAAUGUCCGUGACGCUGUCAAGAUGGGUCGCAAGUGGAAUCGCUCCUCAAAUCUUUCUAGUCCGGUUCAGAAGUAAAUUCGGAAUCGUAUUACACGGUUUGUCGAUCAUUGGAUAGGUCAACCCAGAGGUAGUGUUCAUGAACCACGGCAUUAG